GGUUUAGACAAUGCAACAUUUUUUUUAAACAAAAUUAAAUAUAUAAAAUCCGAUUUGAGGGUGAAUAAAACGUGUGGCCCCUGGCUGUAACCUAAGCAUCCCAUCACAGUCCUCUUCGUUUUGCAUUCAACUCGGUUUAAAAUAUAUUAUAUUGUUAUCUUCAACCUAGGCUCCACCUUUCAAGCGGUUUUGUGACCUCACUCGUGGGCUGGAUUGCUAGAGUGGGAUUUCUAGUCUUUCGGAGCGCAGUAUAUUUUUGCUUGACUAUCUUUGGAUGUGUGCGUUUAACAGUAAUAAAGACAGAUUUUCUGAAUCGGUAAAUGUAGAUAUUUCAGACUGGAUAUUUACAUCUGUAUACCGUCUCCAAUUGGAAUAAAUAAUUGAGGAAUGUGGAAAUUACAGAAUGCCCAACAGCGUUGGAAAGAGAUUUAAACCCACCAAAUACAUCCCGGUAUCUACUGCUGCCACUUUUCUUGUGGGAUCCACCACCUUAUUCUUCGUUUUUACAGUGAGGAUAACAGAAAAGCUGGAUGGAGGCUGACACCGAUGGGAAAAGACCGGCUUUGCCACCAUAAUGUAGGAUGGACAUUUUGCAUGGCUAAUGGCAGUGCCCCUGGUUGACCAACACGAUCUCCCCCGCCGUGCCUCUCUACAAUGGCGUCGUCUUCCUAUUUGUGCUGGCCAACUUCAGCAUGGCUACCUUCAUGGACCCUGGAGUCUUCCCCAAAGCGGAUGAGGAUGAGGACAAGGACGAUGAUUUCCGGGCACCUCUCUACAAGAAUGUAGAGAUCAAAGGAAUUCAGGUCCGGAUGAAAUGGUGUGCCACCUGUCACUUCUACAGACCGCCCCGUUGCUCUCACUGCAGUGUGUGUGACAACUGUGUGGAGGACUUUGACCACCACUGCCCCUGGGUGAACAACUGUAUCGGGCGUAGGAACUACCGUUACUUCUUCCUGUUCCUGCUGUCGCUAAGCAUCCACAUGGUGGGCGUGUUCUCCUUCGGCCUGCUGUUCGUGCUGCACCACAUGGAGCAGCUGGGCACGUUGCACACCACCGUCACUCUUGUGGUGAUGUGUAUAGCAGGGCUCUUCUUCAUUCCAGUCAUGGGCCUGACAGGCUUCCAUAUGGUCCUUGUCACCAGAGGUCGCACCACUAACGAACAGGUGACGGGCAAGUUCCGUGGAGGAGUAAAUCCCUUCACGCGGGGUUGCUGUGGCAACAUCAAGUAUGUCCUGUGUGCUCCCCUGGCGCCCAGGUACAAUGGUGUGGACCCCAGGAAGAAGCCCCCUGUCUCCAUCCAACCCCCCUUCAUCAGACCAGACCUCUCUGACAGACAGAUCAGCAUCAAGGUCAGCAACAACGGGAUCCACACCAGUAUCCUCCAGUCUAAAUCCAAGAUCAGUCUGGAUGGCCUGGCCGUGGAUGACAAAGGCCUAGACACCCAGCCUCCGCUACCUCCCAAAGCAGAACGCUACAACCAGCUGAAGAGCCAGCUGACGUCCAGCCAAGAUAGUUCCCUGUCCGGCAAGACCCAUCCCUCCACCCCGGCCAUGUACAAGUACCGGCCCUCGUUCGGCACCAUCCCUAAAGUCCAUUACCAUGCGGCAGGAGAGAAGAUUGUAAUGCCAGAUGACCACCGUAAGGCGUCAGCCAUCUUGGAGGAGGGCCGUUGCCAUGUCGACUACCGCUCAGAGCCCAACCUGGACCUGCCUGACUACCGCAACGCCCCUCUCCACCGCUCCUUCCAGUCCUCCCCACUGCAACUGGACUCCUACCCCAUAAACUCCAGCUCCCUCAACCUGAAGCAGGCCCACCAGCGCAGGGACAAGGGCCAGCUGCCUGUCCUGCAGCCUGAGACAGUCACCUCCACCCCCUACAAGAGCGUCUUCUCCCCACUGUCCAACCGCAACAGCAGCCUCUCCUACGACAGCCUGCUCAACCCCAGCAUUUCCCCAGCCACCGCAGCCGAGUGCAUGGCCCACCCCGGCAUGCCCUCUAUGGGCUCGCACUCACCCUACCUGCCAACCAAAAUGUGCCACGUGCGGGGGCCUGAACCUCAGAUCCAGAAGCAGCAGGUCCCCCCCAGCUUCAGCCCGGUGUUGGGCUCCGGGGGGAUGGGGAUGAGCAGGGGCAGGGGCAGGCAGUCCCCGCAGAACAGGGACCUGUCCCCGGUGUUGGGCUCCAGGGGGAUGGGGAUGAGCAGGGGCAGACAGUCCCCCCAGGACCGGGACCUGUCCCCGGUGCGCUACGACAACCUCUCCAAAACCAUCAUGGCCUCCAUCCAGGAGCGUAAGGAGAUGGAGGAGAGGGAGAAGCUGCAGCACCAUGGGGGGUGCUCCCAGGCUCAGUCCUAUGCCCAGGCUCAGGACUCAGGCAUGUUCGACAGCUCUGGAGGGUACGGUCUGCCUCCCAGCGCCUGCUACCCGGAUAGUCCCCGGGACCCCAGCUCCAGAGGUCCCACGCCUCCAGCCUACGGAGGCUCUAGGGACAACCUGAUGGGGGUGGUGAGCUACGGGCCUCGGACCCCCGUGCUGCGCUCCUCUGGUGGCUCCUCUCUGGCACGUGCCCCUAGGACUUCCUCCAGCUCCCUGCACACUGACAGCAGCAUGCAGGGAGGCAGGGUCCCUGAGCCCCCAUGCCGCUCACCACUCCACCAGCCCCACCACUCCCCUGCCAUGCCCCAAUCCCCCUCCUACACCCACAAGAAACUCUCCUUCAUCCACGCCCUGGAGAGAACAGACUCACCCCGCCUUGGUGGCCCAAGAGAGGCCAUGAUGCAAAGUAAAGUGAAUGGGCAAACAGACUGCCAUCUAGGACCCAACAGCUCCAGUGCCCAGGGCACCACUCUCAGCCCUAGCCGCCACAGUAAUGUCAAAAAGGUGACUGGGGUGGGUGGCACAACCUAUGAGAUAUCUGUGUGAAAGGGCUGGGGCCCGGGGCACCAAACCUUGAGGGAAGAGGCAGCAUUCUCAUGGCAUCCACAUCCAAUGACAACAACAACUGUGCGACACAGAGAGGGUUCUCUUCUUCCUUUGACCUUUUUUUAUUCGAUAUUGUCCAAUCAGGGGCGCAUAGCAUUUCCUACUUGGGAAUUAUUGGCGGACCUCUGCUCUUUCCGUGCCUAGCCCUUGGUCUCUGUGUCUGUACUGGAGGAGUGCGCCGUGAUAAGUGUGUGUUUGAUUGGAAAAGAACAACUUCAACCUAAAGAGGGCUGAUGUUCUUACUGAGUGUUUUGUUGAAUUUUGUGGCUUGUUAUGUUAGUCAUCCGUGGACAGUCUGAAUGAGAUCUUAAAUUUGGCAUUUACAGCAUCUCAGUUGCGGUCUAGGUGCUGUUCUGUAUGAUCACACUCCCUAACCACCCACCCAGGCUGCGAGAGGUUAAUACACUGACACCCUUACACAUACAGAUGAUGCCACAUGUCUUUGUUCUGUCACAUUCUCUGAAAUAGCCAUGGUAUGGGGAGCCACCUCUAACCCAAUAAGUCAUGCAUACAGCACCAAUCCAUUAGAUUCAAGCAUACAGCACCAAUCCAUUAGAUUCAAGCAUACAGCACCAAUCCAUUAGAUUCAAGCAUACAGCACCAAUCCAUUAGAUUCAAGCAUACAGCACCAAUCCAUUAGAUUCAAGCAUACAACACCAAUCCAUUAGAUUCAAGCAUACAACACCAAUCCAUUAGAUUCAAGCAUACAACACCAAUCCAUUAGAUUCAAGCAUACAACACCAAUCCAUUAGAUUCAAGCAUACAACACCAAUCCAUUAGAUUCAAGCAUACAGCACCAAUCCAUUAGAUUCAAGCAUACAACACCAAUCCAUUAGAUUCAAGCAUACAACACCAAUCCAUUAGAUUCAAGCAUACAACACCAAUCCAUUAGAUUCAAGCAUACAACACCAAUCCAUUAGAUUCAAGCAUACAACACCAAUCCAUUAGAUUCAAGCAUACAACACCAAUCCAUUAGAUUCAAGCAUACAACACCAAUCCAUUAGAUUCAAGCAUACAGCACCAAUCCAUUGGAUUUAAGCAUACAACACCAAUCCAUUAGAUUCAAGCAUACAACACCAAUCCAUUAGAUUCAAGCAUACAGCAUCACUCCAUUGGAUUCAAGCAUACAACACCAAUCCAUUAGAUUCAAGCAUACAACACCAAUCCAUUAGAUUCAAGCAUACAACACCAAUCCAUUAGAUUCAAGCAUACAGCACCAAUCCAUUGGAUUUAAGCAUACAGCACCAAUCCAUUAGAUUCAAGCAUACAGCACCAAUCCAUUAGAUUCAAGCAUACAGCACCAAUCCAUUAGAUUCAAGCAUACAGCACCAAUCCAUUAGAUUCAAGCAUACAACACCAAUCCAUUAGAUUCAAGCAUACAACACCAAUCCAUUAGAUUCAAGCAUACAACACCAAUCCAUUAGAUUCAAGCGUACAACACCAAUCCAUUAGAUUCAAGCGUACAGCAUCACUCCAUUGGAUUCAAGCAUUCAGCACCAAUCAAUUAGAUUCAAGCGUACAACACCAAUCCAUUAGAUUCAAGUGUACAGCAUCACUCCAUUGGAUUCAAGCGUACAGCAUCACUCCAUUGGAUUCAAGCAUUCAGCAUCACUCCAUUGGAUUCAAGCAUUCAGCGUCAAUCCAUUUGAUUCAAGUGUACAGCAUCACUCCAUUGUCUUCAAGCAUUCAGCAUCACUCCAUUGAAUUCAAGCAUUCAGCGUCAAUCCAUUUGAUUCAAGCGUACAGCAUCACUCAAUUUGAUUCAAGCAUUCAGCGUCAAUCCAUUGGAUUCAAGCAUAUACACAUACCUCUUAUGAAUUCAAGGUGCUUUCAAGGUGCUGAACGUGUCUGUCUUGUCCAUCAACAACAUGCAGCACAGAGAAAAUAUGGGGUGGCAGGGUAGCCUAGUGGUUAGAGUGUUGGACUAGUAACCGGAAGGUUGCAAGUUCAAACCCCCGAGCUGACAAGGUACAAAUCUGUCGUUCUGCCCCUGAACAGGCAGUUAAACCCACUAAGUCGUCAUUGAAAAUAAGAAUUUGUUCUUAACUGACUUGUCUGGUUAAAUAAAGGUAAAAUAAAAAUAAAUAAAUAUCACAUCGCACCAGUCAGUGUUAGAUCAAUGCAAUCUUUAAUACUGUUCCAAUACCGUCACAAGAUGGGCUGAAUGGAUAUCAAACUGUUAAAUGGCAAUACAACAGUGCUGUGUGGCACUCAGAGACACAGGUCUUGAAUUUCUCCAACUACAUUUAUCCUCUGAGUUUUGAGGUGGUGUUUUAGGGCUUACAGUACAGGAGCAUAUUCAUCUCAACUCUAGCUGAGCUCCAGUAUUUAUUUCCCUUUAUAAACUGGGUGGUUCGAGCCCUGAAUGCUGAAAGUCAUGGUAUAUCACACCCAAUACCACAGGUAUGACAAAACAUUUAUUUUUACUGUUCUAAUUACGUUGAAUAGCAAAAAGACACCUCGGGUUUGUGGUACAUGGCCAAUGUACCAUGACUAAGGGCUGUAUCCAGGCACUCCGCUUUGCGUUGUGAGCAUGAACAGCUCUUAGCCAUGGUAUAUUGGCCAUAUACCACAUCCCCUCGUGCCUUAUUGCUUAAGUAUACCAUAAGCUACAGUUAUCAGUAACAUAGAAUGUUGGACUAUCUAUUGAUUUCCAUGUCAUGUUUGAGUGACCCCUGACACAGACCAGUGCUAAGAAGAUACACAAAAGCCUUUGCCACUGAGUGUUACAGAGGUAGCUGUUAUCUGUGAUCUAUCCUGAAUACCCCAACAAAACGGUCCUCCCCAUAUUCAGGACAACUCCCACCAGCUAACCAGUCAGCCAUGCACCGCCAAAACAUCUAAUAGGCAAUUUAUUACUUUUGUGACUUAGUAUUUUUAGUAUUAUAGGUCUACCCAUAAUAAGUUAUGUUAAAGCCAUGUAUAAUUGUUUUGUUAUGAUUCAUAUCAAGAGUGGAAAAAGUAUUCAGCUGUGUUACUACAUGAAAACCUGUCACCCAUUGCUAUUUAGUAGUUUUUUUAUUGAUCUUUUUAUUUUUAUUUCCAACCUUUAGAAAAUGUUUGAUACAUCUUGCUUUUUAUACAGAUACUCAAGCUUGGAAUGGAUGUUUGUAUUUUGUUAAGUUAUAACUUAAGUGAAUUAAUGAAUAAGUACCAUAGCCGAUAUAGGGAAGGGGGUAUGCUAGUUUGUUGUAUGCUACAGUGUAAAAAAAUGUAUUGAUUAAACUGUGAUGAAGCAAUGUAAAGUUAUACAAAGCGGAUGUAAUUUAAAAAAGUGCCAAAGUUGGCUACUAACCCUGAUUCUGUUAAAGCUCUGGGUACUCCUGAAAUCCAUCCACUUUAAGCAGCUGUCUGGCACAGCAAACCAAAUGAAUUACAAGACAUGAGGAAAGUCAUGGAUAAAACUAUGGGACUGUUGUUUUUUUGUGGUUCACUAAUGAAAAGAAGAUAUAGUUUGAUAGGUACAUCUAUUUUUUUUCUUUAAAAAAAACUGAUUAAAUGUAGCUUGAAAGUUUCCCUCUGUUUUGUAUCUUUUCUUGUUUGUAAAAAGCUCUGAACAUUUGAGGUGAGAAAUGUCACCUGGUCAUUUGCACAUUCUUAGUGUUGAAGACAGAAUUUACAUGGAUGUAAAGGACCCUAUUUGUUUGCAACUACACACCGGAUCCAUUAAAUGACCAUUGUGGCCUUUCAAGAGGACAAUGAUGUUUACUGCACAAAGAAAUUGGAUAUGACAGGUAACCAGGUUGCACUGUGGGACAACCACCUAUGAAAUUCCACCAUUAAUUCUAAUCAUGCUUAUAGCUGAAUGGUCCCACUUAUGGAUAGACACUUAAAAAAAAAAAGUUUUUAACUUAUUGUACCUAUUCAUUGUGAUACUCACUUUAACUGAAAGUACCAUAAUUGUAGAUAUCGUAUAACAGAUGUAUAUAUUGGGAACAUAUACAUUUAUCAGAGUACACAGAAAGAUGUGACCAUCACAUUGGAGAUAGUAGAGAAGAGAAUACCCCAAGCCAUGUAUUGUUUUUUUAGCCUGUUAUUUGUGGCACAUACCAUUCCAUUUCUCCAUAUUAUCAUAUUAGCAGUUCAAUUGCAGACCAUAAGCUUCAAAUAUGACAACACAAAUUGAUAACUGGUCCAACCCCAUAGCAGACCCUAAUUGUAUUCUAUUAAAGAUGGCAAAGGGAGCUAGUUAGGUUAAUAUGCCAUACUCUUUUCAGCUGAAUGUACAGUAUUGGGUCACUUGUCUCAUAUUUAACUCAAAUUCACCUGUGUUCCUUGCAGGUGACCGACCCAACAUUGUUGAUACAUACUUGAAUCUUCCCCUUCAAGCACAGAUACACUUGACAAAAGUGAUUGUUGUUAUUCUUCCUUUAGAUUACUGACAGUUUUGUUUUUUAUUUUUGCUGUCUGAUGGAUAUUCCACCAUGGGCUCGAUUCAAUCCGUAACACUGAAGUUUGAUUCGAGUCCCAAGUCACCUCACCUGAACAAUAUGAACUAUUGCAGAUUAAUUGUUGCUGUAUGUCUUGCUUAUCAUAAUCAGAUGUAGUAUUUUGUAACAUUUGUUAUAUGAAUAGAAAAAUAAAUGUAGACAGUGUAUUGGAAA